GGCCUAACACGUUUCACGAUGAACAGAAAGUUCCGGAAGCUUCCUGAACGCCGUCCCCUGCCCCAAAUGAACAGUAGCAUAGAGAUAUUUUCCUCUAGCUCUUUUUACCGUUUCUAGAAAAUCUGUAGUAGCUUCCAGUAACCGCCAUUCCCCCCUCCCCUCCUUUAAAUAUAAUCAUCUCUCUAUUUCUCUCUCGUUCAGAACUCCGCUGCCGGAAUCAAUCCUCUGAUAAACUGGACUAUUUCUCUUUUUCUGCGUGAGAAGCAGUAGCGGGUUUGUGGCUUGCGGGUGAAGAAGAAGAAGAAGAAGAAGAAGAAGAAGAAGAGGGAGGAUGGACAUGAGCCAAACGGCGCUGUCUUAUUACAGCGUGCUCGGUGUUGAUAUGAACUCAUCUGAAGAAGAUAUACGCAGGGCGUAUCGGAAGCUUGCUAUGCAAUGGCAUCCUGACCGCUGGACGAGAACUCCUUCUCUGUUGGGUGAGGCCAAGCGUAAAUUCCAACAAAUUCAAGAAGCUUAUUCAGUACUUUCAGACCAGAGGAAGAGAACUAUGUAUGAUGCAGGCUUAUACGACCCUGAUGACGAAGAGGACGAGGGCUUCUCUGAUUUUCUACAGGAAAUGCUCUCUCUUAUGGCUGAGGUUAGGAGAGAGGAUAAGAGUUACAGCACGGAGGAGUUGCAGGGGAUGUUGAUGGAGAUGAUGGCGCAGGGAUACGACACCCCGCAGUGGCUCUGCGGGUCUGCAAUGGUGGAUGACCCUGGAAAAUCAAAGACAGCUAUGUGGGACAGGAAAACGAAUUCAAUGACCGACAGAGGUUCCCCUUUUCGUGUAUCAGGGUUGGAGAUGUAUGGAGCAAGUGGGUAUUAUUACAGUUAAAACUUUUGUUUUAGUUUUGUUUGGAAUGACCAGUGAUGAAUGGAGAGUGUGAAUACCACGGGUGAAAACCCUUUCAUCACCCUUCAAAGCUCUCUGAAUUUUGGCUGCUGCUGCUAGUUUUGGGAUGCACUGAAUUGCUGAUGGUGAUGAGCCAGGCGCCAAUUGUUUGAUUGAUGCUAACGGUUGGUGGAAAAUUGAAAAUGAUCCGUACUUUGAUUUUCAAAUAAUGCACUCUAUAUUUGUGUUGGCAAUGUAUACUUGGGCUAUGCGCAUUAAUCAAAUUUUUCUUUUAAUUUACUCUCCAUUAUAAUCGAAUCGAUUGAAUUAUAUUUCUUAA